CUGUGCACUUGGGCGUUGGACCCCGCAUCUUAUUAGCAACCAGGGAGAUUUCUCCAUUUUCCUCUUGUCUACAGUGCGGCUACAAAUCUGGGAUUUUUUUAUUACUUCUUUUUUUAAAAAAACUACACUUGGGCUCCUUUUUUGUGCUCGACUUUUCCACCUUUUUUCCCUCCUUCCUGCGCUGCUGCUUUUGAUCUCUUCGACUAAAAAUUUUUUAUCCGGAGUGUAUUUAAUCGGGUCUCUUCUGUCCUCCUCGCCACCCCCACCCCCUCCCUCCGGUGUGUGUGCCGCCGCCGCUGUUGCUGCUGCCGCUGCUGCUGCUGCUCGCCCCGUCGUUACACCAACCCAAGGCUCUUUGUUUCCUCUCGUGGAUCUGUUGAGUUUCUUUGUUGAAGAAGCCAGCAUGGGUGCCCAGUUCUCCAAGACCGCAGCGAAGGGAGAAGCCGCCGCCGAGAGGCCUGGGGAGGCGGCUGUGGCCUCGUCGCCUUCCAAAGCUAAUGGGCAGGAGAAUGGCCACGUAAAAGUGAACGGGGACGCGUCGCCCGCCGCCGCCGAGCCGGGCGCCAAGGAGGAGCUGCAGGCCAACGGCAGCGCCCCGGCCGCCGACAAGGAGGAGCCUGCGAGCAGCGGGGCCGCGACCCCCGCCGCGGCCGACAAGGAUGAGGCCGCCGCGGCCACUGAGCCGGGCGCCGGCGCGGCCGACAAGGAGGCUGCGGAGGCCGAGCCCGCCGAGCCCGGCUCCCCCGCCGCCGAGGCCGAGGGCGCGUCCGCCUCCUCCACGUCGUCGCCUAAGGCGGAAGACGGGGCCGCGCCGUCGCCCAGCAGCGAGACCCCGAAAAAAAAAAAGAAGCGCUUUUCCUUCAAGAAGUCCUUCAAGCUGAGCGGCUUCUCCUUCAAGAAGAGCAAGAAGGAGGCGGGCGAGGGCGCUGAGGCGGAGGGCGCGACCGUCCAGAAACUUACAUUUUAUAAUCAGUAA